AUGUUGCCCUGCCUGCUGGCCCUCGGCUUCACGCCUCCGUCGUGGCCUCGCCGCGCCGAAGCUGCGUCCUCGCGAUCCGCACUCGCCCGGUUCGACCGCAGCCGCGCAAAUGUUGAGAGGCUCGCCGACCGGUUUGAGGCGUACGAGGCGGACUUGCUGUCAAAAGCCGCCGCCGCCGCCCUGACGACAGCCUUCGGCGGCUUCGUCGCAGGUGCUGCCGUCGCCAGUGCUGGCCUGCUGCCCGGAGGCCCAGCUCGGACAAAGAGCGUGCCGCUCCCGCCUCCUAUUCCUCCUGCGUCUCAACUGCUGGCCACUGCUCCGUCGCCGCCAUCGAACUGGUUCGGGACCUUUGCCUCGUCGGCGCCCUCGGCUCUCGAGACUCUCCUCUUUGGCUCCACUGCCCUCACCUCCGUCGGCUUUGUCUCCCGCAGCAGAGAGCUGGAGAGAUCGCCAAAUGACUGGUUCAAGCUGCGGGUAGGCCGGGACCAAGGCUGGGACCAGAGGUACGAGCUCAUCGUGCGAGCCCUGUCGCAGGGACGCCUCUCCGAGUCGGACGCGGAGUUGCUCCUGCGCUUGCUGUCCGACCUCGUCCGCCGGAUGAGUGCGCUACUGCCUGGCAGGCUGGAGGCUGUCGGGAGUGCGGCCCUGCGCGCUAAGGUGCUCAGCGGCGCUGUCGACGCCGCGGACGUGAGCCGGUUGGUCGCGGCAGUCCACGGGCCGCUCACGCAGCUGGUCGCGCCGGUGCAGGACGGCGAGGUCGAGGAGGUGCGGCGGGCAGCGCUCGCGGCCGGGACGCCCGCGCGCAUGAUGGCGCUGCUCCUUUGCAGGACGGACACCAUACUGAGUGAGACGGAAAGGCUCGUGCAAGGCCAAACGCAAAGAGGCGAGGGGGAUAAGAGCUCCACAUAG